AUGGCUGAUCGUCCUAAAGACGUUCCUGGUGAGCAGACUGGGUCAAGCGAUGAGGUGUCGCAGAUUUUGGGCUUAUAUGCUGGCCAAGAAGCACCUGAGGACGAGAUUGAGACUGUUGAUAGCUCAUACCUAGAGAUAUCAUCACUGCCAACUCAUUACCUGCAGGAUGUGGCGGAUAUUGUGAGCCUGGAGUCAUCAGACAAACACCCUCACUCAGCUCCAACCGUGUUUGCCAACUCUCCGCACUCCACUGCCUCUUUGCCCACCUCUGACCCCGUCGACCCGGCAGUCUUAUUUCACCGGCUCUGCGAUUUGUCUCUUCAGACUGAUUGCCUUCCCUCACACUAUUCUUCCUUUUUCUCUUCCCUUCCCCCACCUCUCCAACUCCCUCACGACUUGGCCCUUGACACCUCUUGUUCAGGACCAGACCUCAUCUCCUUCGUUCCUCAGUUCGAAAUGUACCACUUACCUGUACCUCUCGACGCUGGGCUCCAGUACCAGAUGCAGAUGGCAACAUAUCACCAACGCCAGCUGGACGAAGUCCUGGCACCGGGUGAGUGCCCCAUCGGCAGCGAUGCGGAGACCUGCUUCCGUGGUCACCACGCGGUUGUUCUCAUCGAAAACGUAAGUCUACCUCAUGCCUUACAUCUCCUCUCACUCGUCCUCCCGCUGACAAUAACUCUCACUUUGAUGCAGAUCCCCUACAACAUCACCCGUCAAGAGGUGAUCCAGUUCUUCGGAAAUCGAGCUCGGCUGGCUUCAGGCUGGCCUGUCCACAUCAUCAUGGACCGUUCCUCAGGCAAGACCAACGAGUGCUAUGUGGAGUUCGCUACUCAUGCCGAUGCUGAGGAUACCAUUCGCCGUAUCAAGGCUUUGCACGACUCCAACCAAGGACCCCGCAUGGGCAACCGCUACGUCGACGUCUCCAUCAGCUCCCAGGCGGCCCUCAUGAAGGCUCUGUUCCCCCAUGCCAAGUGCAUCAGCUGGGAGACUGGCCGUCCUGUGGUUGUCCCGGACGAAAGUUGGCCAAAUGGAUUCGCUGGAUUCCUCACCGACGAAGAGCUUUUCUGCACCGCCCGUCACGUCCGUGAGCCCGGCCGAAGUGCUCACACCCACAAGAUCCCCCAGCGUCCAUACGAGUCGAUCAACAGCACGAUGUGGAAGUUCCCGUGGUUUGCUACCCACUUGUACACCGUGCAUACCCGCAACAAGAUCCACUUCACGCUGAAGACGAUGAUGGAGCACUUGGUGCAGCGCCUGCGUGGCGGUGGGCAAAUUGUCGGACUGGAUACUCGCCUGGUGACCGAGCUCCUUCGUGCCGGUAUCGAGUGCCCGGCUUUCAACCCCCGCAUGAAGUAUGUCCUUGCGGAGAUCAGCGAUGACCAGGCGUUCUUUGGCCGGAUGAGCGAUAAUUGGCUGCCCUAUUUCCCAUUCGACACUCUGACCUGGCUGCGUCCCAACAACCCCAACGCGUUGGAGUUCUACGGGAUGCUCAUCUUGAACGGACGGGUCGUCCGCAUCCCUCGCGGCCUGGAGCGCCGCUUCUUCGGCCAGAAGCACCCGCACCCCUACGGGGAUUGGUGGUUCGCGUGGGACGAGCCUGUGGCAUCGGAGAAGAUCUUCUCUGACGCCAUCAAUGAUGAGAAGCAGGUCCUGCAGACCUUACUCACCACGGGUCACGGGGUCAUGACCCCCGUCCGCCAGGGCCUGAGUCUGGCACCUUACAACUUCCCUCGCUCGGGCUACUCUACGAUGGGCGCCCCGGAGCAACAAGGCCCCGCCCACUGGCCCAGCCAGGGGCCCAACCCGUACGUCGUCGCGGCUCCCAUGCCUGCCGCCACCCCGGCUCCGGCCCCGACUCCUCUUCCUGCCCCUGUGGCCCGUCGUUCCCCCGGGCCCCUUGGCCCCCCUGCCCCCCGUGGCCCCCAGAGCCCCCGUGGCCGUGGCAACUGGCGUGGCCCCUGGCGUGGUGCCUCCUCUCGCGGACAUCGCCGCUUCUAG